UCCCCAUCUCUAAAUUUGACUUUGCAGAUCCUUUUCCAGUUAAAUUUACUGGGAAGUUCCUGAAAGUCUAUUUCAGGAGGCCUUCUUAUAUCACACUACACUUCUUCAAACACGUCUUUGCUUGUAAGGUUUGAACACUUAGCCGAGUUUCUUCAUUUAGCUUAAGUUUGGAAUCACUUUUCUGUCAGAUGGAAUUAUAGUGUAUCACAUGAUUCAAGUUUUAAAGUUCCAAUCUUGAUGCUUUUUCACCCAAAUUUCUCUGUGAAAAUGAAUAGAAUUCUCCUGGAUAUGAAGGGAAAGAGGUUCAGUCCUCCACCAGAGCAGCUAUAUUAUGUUCUUGAGCCACCUCCAUCACCAUCGCCACCGCCACCACCAUCUUCUCUUUCUAGUGUCCAUAACGGUGGUUUCAAUUUGAACAACAAGGUAAGCCCAAGCAUACUGCUGAUCAUAAUAAUUCUUGCCAUUAUCUUCUUUGUUUCUGGCUUGCUUCAUCUCCUAGUUAGAUAUCUCCUGAGACCUCCAACGAGGGAUCCUGAUGAAAUGGACAAUGUAACUGCCCUUCAAGGCCAGUUGCAGCAACUUUUCCACCUUCACGAUGCUGGUGUUGAUCAGUCCUUUAUUGAUACUCUCCCUAUAUUCAACUACAAAGCCAUUAUAGGUGUGAAAAGUCCCUUUGAUUGUGCUGUUUGUUUAUCUGAAUUUGAAGCUGAAGAUAAGCUCCGAUUGCUACCAAAAUGUAGCCACGCUUUCCACAUGGAGUGCAUAGACACUUGGUUGUUGUCUCACUCCACUUGCCCUCUUUGUAGAGCUAGUCUGAUUCCCGAUUUCUCAUCCAACCGCCAUUGUUCUCCUAUAGUCCUGGUUCUUGAAUCUGGAAGUGAGAGUUCCAGAGAGAUUGUACCAGAUUUAGGCACUACUAAUUCAGUUGCCAGAGUGAGUUCACACUUGAGUUCCCGUUGUGAGGAUGAAUUCAGGCUGCCUAAUUCAGGGACUCUGCAGAAAUCUUGUGAAAUUCAAGCUAGAGAGGAUGAUAAUCAGCAGGUUCUAGUGGGUUCAGGGGAAAAGGUUGUUCCCGUGAAGCUUGGGAAGUUUAGGAAUGUAGACGGAGGUGGAGAAGGUAGUAGCACUAAUAAUGCUGAUGCAAGAAGGUGCUUUUCCAUGGGAUCUUUUGCUUACGUAAUGGAUGAGAACUCAUCCUUGCAAGUUCCAAUUAUGACUCCAGCAAAGAAACAAUCUAGCAAGAAACCGGCUUUGCCGUUGACGCCAGGUCACAGGCCUGCAAUGUCUGAAUGUGGUUGUGAUUCAAGAAGAGAAUUCAUUGGUUUUGAAGCAUUUAGGAAUGCUGAAAUGCAAGAUACUGGUAAUGCUAAUUCUGCUAGUUUGUGCAAUAAUGGAAUUCCUAACAAGGCUGUGGGGAGUAGCAGAGGAGAGAGCUUUUCAUUUUCGAAAAUUUGGCUAAGGGGGAAAAAGGACAAGGGGAAUUCAGCCCCAGAACAAUCAUCAAGAAGGGCAUUUUCAUUCAGAUUCCCAGGGCAGGGCAAUGUGAUUAAUGAAGAGGGUUUGAAGCCUAAUAAGAAUGGUGGUAGGAGGACUAUUUCAGAGAUUGAUAUUGGUAGGUGGGAAAAUGGUGGGAGUGACGUCGUUGGUGAUAUUGAAACUCAGAGCUGCAAUAGUUUGGAUUCUAUGUCUGUAAAUCCACCUUCUUUUGCAAGAAGAACUCUUCUAUGGCUAAUGGGGAGGCAAAACAAGGUGGUUCAUACACCAUUUUCUGGCAAUCUUUAGGUAGUGCAAUUUUUUUGGUUUUUCCAUUUGGAAUGUUUCCUAGAUUUAGUCUCUCUUUGAAGGGAGAGCAUGACAAAACGAGAAAAUAGAGAACGAGAAGCCUAAAGAAAGGGAAAAGUGAAAGAAUUUUUCCAUUGUACAUGGCUGCCAUUUGCAUUUUACCAGAAAAUAUUUGAAGCAGUUGAUUGAUCA